UACGAUUGUUUUGCUUGCUGGGUUUUAGCUGUUUUGGCUGUUUUACUUGGAGAUUAAUUUCUCUGUUGAAUAACUACUGAAUUAUUGUUUUUUCCCUUAUUUUUGGAGAUUUAGAAAUUGGGUUUCUUUUGUAACUUUUGUUGAUGGCUCUUAGAUAUUGUAAAGAUUGGUUCUUUUAUGAGUCUACUUGAUCAAAAUGGACGACAAUUUUUUGGGGGCAAAAUUGUCCUUUAUGUUGAUUUAUAUAUCUGGAAAAGAGGGUUUUUUUUUUUUUUUACGAGAUAGUUUAAUGGGUCUUGAGGAAUGAAAUUUCUAUGUUUUAAUAGGGUCUUGUUUGGGCUUUGGAAGUACUUUUUCUGCUAUUGGAAGCAAAAUUCUGCUUUGAUAUUGUUGCUUAAAGAAGUAAAAGAAGUAUUUCCAGAAUGCAUGGUACGGGACUAUAUAUUUUUAAAACAAUGAUGGUAUUAUUCACAAUUUCGAAUGAUAUUUAGAUAAACAUUUUAUACAUAUCACUGAAAUUAUUAAUUGAUAGUAAAAUUGAUAAUUUUGAUAUACGGUGCAUCUUAUUUUGUUUUUGCAUCUUGAAAUUGAAUUUUUUCACAUGCAAGGUAAUUAACAAAAUGGGAUAAAAAAAUAAAAUAAAAAAAAAACCCUUUAAAAUCAUACUUCUUUUUGAACCUGUUUUUCUUUUAAAAUGGCAAAAAUUAAAAUUUUCUUAAUCCUAUGAUUUGAAAGCAGUGGUGGAGCUAGGAAUCUACGGGAAACCAUCAACAAUAAUGUGAUAAGAGAUUUUGAACGAAAAAAAUAAAUAGCAAGGAGGGGUCAUUUUUUAAUUUUGAUUCUUAAACAUUUUUUGGGAUCCAUUGGAGGGAUGAAAAGACUUGGGCUUUUUUGAAUUUUGAAAAUUUUAUUGGAAAAAUGAGUUAGAAAAUGAGGAAUCUUUUUGAAUUUUUACGGUCUUUUGUGAAUUUGAUAAAAGUUCAGUGGGGGGCAAUUUAGGAACUAUCAAAAUUUGUGCAUAAAAAAUAUAAAUAACUGAAAAUUCCAGUGGGGGCAAUUAAGUGACAUCUCCAAUCACUAACUGUACCGCUAGCCUGGUUAAAAGCUAAUCCAGCUAACCAUACCUAUGAAUCGAAAUGCAGCAGAAAGGGUGGUCUCGAAGAUCAGACAGAAAGAUAUCAAUAGAUUAUGUUACGAACAAAGCAACUUGGUACCCUUUCCCAAUCUGCCAGGUCCUUUUUCCUUGGUGGGCCACGUAGUGCAGCAGAUGGAAGUUCAUGCACUAGUCCUGAAGAUGAAACUUGUGUUUCAAAAAAGCAGCAUACGAAAAAGCAGCAUACGAGGAAUGAAGCACGACAUGCACAAACACCAUCCACCCUAGUACCCGAAACUUCAACAAAAGUAGGUUCUCUGGUUUCGGGAGAUGCAGUGAAGGUGGUGAAUUCUCACAAAGCUGAGGGUGUUGAUUGCUCAGCUUCUUUACCACAGGUUAUAUCUGCUAACAAUUCUUCAGGGAGAGCAGACUGUGUCAGCUAUGCUGGUAGCAUAGUUGCUGUUCAAAAGGAGAUGGUGCAUUCACCUCCUAUUGCCGACCAGUUUGUCAGGGCAGGUAUUGCCGCAGUGAGUUUUUUGUCUGAUUUAGUAAAUUAUAAAAUUCCUUUGUCAGAUGAGAGUGGAAUGCCUUCAUCUCCCCACAAUUGUAUGGUCAAUCCUGCAAGGCCUCUUUCCAAUAUCAAACCCUCAAAUGUAAAAAACUUCAGAAAAGACAAAAUUCGUGGAAAUCCAUCUGCUGGGACAACAUCAUGUUCUGAGCCCACAAGCAACUCUAAUGAUGUAAAAGGUAGAGGUGAAAGUUUUGUCUCAGUUAAAGGUGUAAACCAUGUUAAUGACACAGUGAAUUCAGUAGGGAUGCAUGGUAAAUCUUCAGAUUCUCAUGAUAGGAAAAGGUAUAUUCCUCAGAAAUCAAAAGCUUAUUCAAACUGCUCCAUUUCCAACAUACAGUCUUCAGAAGGAAAUAUUUCUAGGGAAACUACAGAAAUUUUCAAGAAGCUCCCAAGAGAUGCAAAAAUACCCAAAGGAGUUGCUCCAACGGCUAAUCAGUUUCCCAGCACGGGUCAUCUGGUGGAAAAAGUUACUCAUAUAUUGCGACAGUUAAAAUGGGGCCCCGCAACAGAGGAGGCUCUUAAAAAACUCAACUGUUCAAUGGAUGCAUAUCAAGCAAACCAAAUACUUAAGCAGGUUCAAGACCAUUCAGUUGCUCUUGCCUUUUUCUAUUGGUUAAAACGACAAACCGGAUUCAGGCAUGAUGGGCAUACUUACACCACCAUGGUUGGCAUCCUUGGCCGCGCCAAACAGUUUGGUGCAGUAAACAAGUUACUCGAACAGAUGAUCCGGGAUGGAUGUCAGCCCAAUGUUGUGACAUAUAACCGUAUCAUUCACAGUUAUGGCCGUGCAAACUAUUUGAAUGCAGCAGUCAAUGUUUUCAAUCAGAUGCAGGAAGCAGGAUGUGAACCUGAUCGUGUCACAUAUUGUACACUCAUUGACAUCCAUGCAAAAGCCGGCUAUCUUGAUUUUGCCAUGGAAAUGUACCAGAGGAUGCAACGGGCUGGCCUUUCUCCUGACACUUUCACUUAUAGUGUCAUCAUCAAUUGCCUUGGCAAAGCUGGCCAUUUGGCUGCUGCCCACAAGCUAUUCUGCGAGAUGGUUGAUCAGGGCUGUGUUCCCAACUUAGUUACAUAUAAUAUUAUGAUUGCUUUGCAAGCCAAGGCGAGGAACUACCCGCAUGCAUUACAGCUUUAUCGUGACAUGCAGAAUGCUGGAUUUGAACCAGACAAAGUGACUUACAGCAUAGUUAUGGAGGUGCUUGGCCAUUGUGGGUACCUUGAAGAAGCAGAGGCAAUUUUUACUGAGAUGAUGCGGAAGAACUGGGUUCCAGAUGAGCCUGUUUAUGGUCUUCUAGUGGACCUCUGGGGAAAGGCUGGGAAUGCAGAAAAGGCUUGGGGAUGGUAUCGAGCGAUGCUCAACGCGGGUUUACGCCCUAAUGUGCCCACAUGCAAUUCGCUGCUUAGUGCUUUCCUUAGGGUACACCGGCUGUCAGAUGCAUAUAACUUGCUCCAGAGCAUGCUUAGUUUGGGUUUGAACCCUUCCCUGCAAACUUAUACCCUGCUACUUAGUUGUUGUACUGAAGCCCAAACAUCUUUUGACAUGGGGUUUUGUGGUGAGCUCAUGGCAGUCACGGGCCACCCAGCACAUAUGUUCCUGUUGUCCAUGCCGUCAUCUGGACCUGAUGGCCAGAAUGUGCGGGAUCAUGUUACCAAUUUCUUAGACCUGAUGCACAGUGAAGAUAGAGAGAGCAAGAGGGGUCUUGUGGAUGCAGUGGUCGAUUUUCUCCACAAAUCUGGGCUCAAGGAGGAGGCUGGAUCUGUUUGGGAGGUGGCCGCACAGAAGAAUGUGUAUCCAGAUGCAGUUAGAGAGAAAAGCUCAUCUUAUUGGCUGAUAAACUUGCAUGUUAUGUCGGAUGGAACUGCUGUGACAGCACUGUCAAGGACACUUGCCUGGUUUCACAGGCAGAUGCUUGUGUCAGGGAAUUGUCCCAGCCGCAUUGACAUUGUGACGGGAUGGGGCCGGCGGAGCAAGGUGACAGGAGCUUCUUUGGUAAGGCAGUCAGUGCAGGAAUUGCUGAAUAUAUUUAGCUUUCCAUUUUUCACUGAGAAUGGUAAUUCAGGGUGUUUUGUUAGCUGCGGGGAGCCUCUUAGUAGAUGGUUAAUCCAAUCAUACGUGGAGCGCAUGCAUUUACUGUAGUAUGUAAUUUAUUCAGUCUCGCAUUGCAGCGUGAACACAGUUCACAGUUUUGAACGGGAAGGGGAACUUGCAUCACCUCAUGUGCUAACCGUUUAUUUAAGUUAUUUUUGUGCAGUGCUAUUUUAAAACCAGCCGGUGCAUCACAUAUCUAUUCAUGCCAGUUUUUGAGGUUUGUGUUCCUAACACGUAUACGUUUGAAUCCGUUUUUGGCUCUUGAAAUUUAUCACGGUUUGAAUCCGUUUUUAGUUCAAAUUGAUUCUGUUUCAGUGGUGUCUCCUUACUUUGUAUCUUGAAGCAAAUGAUUUUGUACUGACUCAUACAAUUUUAUUUAUUCAUUUACUGAUUAAUUGUGUA